UCGUCAUAUUGAAGGUAGGUCAAAUUAUGAUUCUGACUUACGGGCAUUUGAUAUUGAAAUCUCUUGCACGAUACAAGAUUUGGUUCGUGGUCCCCCAAUUUUGCCGAGGUUCCGUUGGAGUUACAAAAUUUCAAAACAAACAUGAUGAAGGUCAUCCAGAACCUCACUAGUGCCCCACUUUCUCCACCAAAUUCGGCUCUUGUGGUCACCGUACAAAACACUGGGUCUCAUGAAAAAGAAUUAAAGGAUGACUCAAGCGUCGAACCACAUGUUGGGGAUGUUAUGGACAGUAAGCCUGAACUCAUGAAUGAAGAUGACGAGAGGUCCAACGUUGUUGAAAAUAAUAAAGAGCUUGCUCUUCUAGAAGGUGCCAACAAGGUGACAGAUGCAGAUAAUACACAUGCGGACAAUAGAGAUGCGGUCAGGACAAAGCACCUAGUUUCACCGAGAGAACCUAUACUGGGUAUUGGAUCUAUCUCGCAUGUCCCUCGAUUUGCUCCAAGAUCCAAGAUGGUUGAAGAUUCAAAGAGUGGACUGCUCCUAUGGUUUAACAUUAUCUCUCCAGUCCAGAAGCACGAGUGGGAGCCUCCACCUUGAGGACAAGGCCCCCAAGAAGUGCAGCAGCCAAUAUAAGAGGAAAAAUGAA